ACGUUGUGUUGUAAGUUACAACCCUGUUACAACGACCCUGUGAAGAAUUGCCGCUCCGCUAGCCCAGGUAUACCGGUAACAUAAAUGCGCGCGUCCAGCCCUAAGUCCAUAUCCUUGUAUGUCGUGCUGCCUCUUUCAGCAGAAAGGUAUCCGUUAGCGUCGACGAUGAAGUCAUACCAAGUUUAGCAAUAACUGCAACCUGCUCACCUCAUUUACGUGUGCACAUGUUAAAACCGUGCAGCACAUCACGUAUUCGUCAACACACGUCAAUGCUACCAGCGUCGCCACAGGCAAUCCGUAAUGAGAGCGCCUGUCAGAUGAAUUUGUUGGGUAUUGAUCACCAACAGGAUCUCACUGACACCAUGCAAAACGACGGCCAGCGCUGAAUCACCGGAACACCUUCACAUCCAACAGAACGCCGUCAGUCACGAACAAACGCCAAUGCAUAUCUAGCCAUAGGACUUCUGGCGGCCUGUACGACUCGACAACUGUACGGUACACCGUCCAGUGGUUGAGCAGAGGCGCCCAAAUACAAGCAGCUGCGGGACCAAGUAACUUAGUUGGACAUACACCCUAUCUGCGUCAUCGCGCUGCCACGUCAAACAAUACAUCAUGAAGCACACGCACGGCAACACUGUCACCUAUCCAGUUGUGUACGUAAAUAGCGGAUUGGGGAUCGGCCCUUACACAAGAACAGGCACCGAGCGCAGAAGGCACGCACCCCCAACUCCUGAGGUCGCCCUGCGCAGAAGCAAAUGCAAAAUGCAAAGCCAACAACAUGGGCAAGCGGCACCAUCGCCACCCAGGGCAACUUCUUGUACAAGGGCAGGCCAUGCACCUCUGCAACAACUAUACAGCCAUCAACGGAGCUGCGGAGGGCCAUCGCAGCUGUGGUGGCCGACACAGCGAGCCGGCCCCCACCUAUUCUUUUGUGUCCACCCAAAGGCACAAAAAAGGCAAGAUGAAAGCCCCCAAGUUGGGCUGCCGAUUUGCAUCGGUCAUUAACACGUACAAAUGCGCAAAGAAGUUCCAUAAAUUUCAGCACGCUACACUGUCCUAUCGCCAGGAAGCGACCUGCAUAUAG